AUGAUUAAUAUUUUAUUAACAUUUACAAUCUUAGUUUUUGUACAAAGCUAAAUUAAGUUAGAAAAUCCAAUUAAAGAUUUGAAGAUAAUAGAAGUGGAGAAAAGAGAUGAAUAAUAAUUAAUUGAAAUGAUUCCAGAAUAAACAAAAAGAGUUGUACAAUAUAAUGAUUCUAAAACAACUAUUGGUAUGAAAGUAACCUCAAGUAAUGAAACAUUAUUGAAAUGUCUUUCUUAUGAUAAAAAUAUUCUCUUUGAACCUUACAUGGUUAAUGAAAUCAAAUUAUUAUUCCCAUCUAUAAAUUCAUAUUAUACUGAUGAGUCAUUGAAAAUAAAUAGAACAGCAAAUGUAAAUGAUCCUGAUUUUAUUAUGAAAAAUCCUGUUUUAGUAGGAUUGGCCAAUACAACAUCAUAAGGUUUUAUUGUUUUAACUAGCAAUCAUUUAUUAUAUUUAUUUUAACUUAGUUUUUCAUAACUUUCUAAUAAGUUUUCAAUAAAAUCAAAUUAAACCUUUAAUUUUAGUGAUUUAAGAUAAACUUAAUAUGAACCUGUUUCACCAUAACUUAUUUGGUUUGAUUAGAAAUCAUGUGUUCUUAUAAUAUUUCCAUAAUAAAUUAUAAUUGGAAAAUUAAUUGAUGGUCAAUUUUUAUUUAAAAAUAGCAAUAUUUCUAUAUCUAAUGAAGAAGAAUAUAUUGGAAUUGCCAAACUUCAUAAAGGUUAUCUAUUUGUUGCUAGAGGUAGAUUAGGAAUUGAUAUUUAUUCAAUUAAUGAAUAAGGAUAAUUAAUUUAAAUUUAAAAUCUUUAUAAUCAAUUAUCAAAUGAUAUUCAUAAUAUGUAUAUCUAAGAUUUUGAUUUUGGUGGAUUUGAUAAUAAUUAUAUCUUUAUUCUUGAUAAAUAUUAAGGAUUCAUGAUUUAUUAAAUUGAUAAUCAAUUAUUCACUCUUACUAAAUGGUUAGAUUCUAUAUUAGAAAUUAAAGGAGCAAAAUUAAUUAAAACAUAUAUUAAUAUUAUUAUGAUAAUGGUUGAACAUAAUUCAUAUAAUCAUAUAUUAGAAUAUUGCAUUUAUUCAUAAGAUAAAAAGUUAUUUUAUAUAAAAACACAUUAUUUAGAUGGAAAAUAUUUUGAUAUUGAUAUUGAAGAUUAAUUUGCCAUAAUAAGAGGCUAUGAUGGACAUAAAAUAAUUUAUCAUUCAAUUCAUGAAGGAUUUCAAGUAAAUUACAAUUCACCAAUAACAGAUGAAUCUUGGGAAGAUGGAACAGAACUAUAAGAAGAUAUUGAUUAAUAUGCAAUCAUUCCAUAAAUGUAAUCCUUUUAUUUGACUAAACAUUUAAAUUAAGUAUAUAAUUUAAUAAAUUGUAGAGCUUUUUAGUAGCAAUAUCAUUUAGAACUCUUAUGUUUAUGAGAUUUAUUAGGGUUGAACCAUAUGUAGAAUGUAAAUUAACUAAUUUAGCAACUAAAAAUAGUCAAAUAACAGUCAAUGCUGUAUUAAAUUCAACUUGGUGCAAAGAAAAAUUUUAAUAACAAAUAGUUUAUAAUUAAUCAUUUUAUUCUGAUUUAAUAAUGUGUAAAAAAGAAUUAGAUUUUUCUAUUAAAGUUAUUAAUACUUUAGAAGAGGAAUAAACUAAUUACUAUUACAUAAUUAUAAUACUAAUAGCAUCAUUAAUUUUAUUAUGCUUUUUAUUGAUUGCUUUAAGAAUAUUCUUUGCCAAAUAUAGAUAGGAAUAAUCAAGUCUUGAAAGUGUAAUUGAUUAAUUAGGAAAAAGAGGAUAUACGGCAGAAAAAUCAUAAGAUUAGAUUUCAGGUUUUUGA